CCUCAAAACGAAUAUAUUGAAGAGGCAAUUAAAAAACAUGGGCGGCGGUUCGAUUAUGAAGAACGCAAACGAAAACGGAUUGCGCGUGAACCACACACUACCUCUGCAUUUGCGCAGAAAGUCCACGGCUUGCGCGCAAAACUAUACAACAAGAAACGUUACGCGCAAAAGAUUCAAAUGAAGAAAACUAUUAAACAGAAACAAGAGAAAUCAGCGAAACAAAAAGACACACAAGCAAUUCCCGAUGGAGCUGUGCCAGCAUAUUUAUUGGAUCGUGAAGGGGAAAAACGAGCAAAAAUACUGUCUAAUAUGGUGAAACAAAAGCGCAAAGAAAAAGCGGGCAAAUGGGCAGUGCCACUCCCUAAAGUUCGUGCCAAACAAUGGAAACGCAUGAUCACAAAAGCAACGUUUGUUGGUGAUGGCUUCACCCGAAAACCCCCCAAAUACGAAAGGUUCAUUCGACCUAUGGCACUACGAUACAAAAAAGCGCACGUGACUCAUCCAGAAUUGGCUGCUACGUUUUGUUUGCCUAUUAUUAGCGUUAAAAAGAAUCCACAAAGUCCGCUAUAUACUUCCUUGGGCGUGCUUACUAAGGGAACUGUAAUAGAGGUUAAUGUAUCAGAACUUGGAUUGGUUACUACAUCGGGCAAAGUUGUGUGGGGUAAAUAUGCCCAAGGGACAGGGUCUACUACUGCAUCUUUAUACCCCGCUUUACAUUUUCCAUUACCGCGUAAAGGCGGGAGAACCCAUAAAGGCGCCCAUGAAGUCAUGAAAGACAUGCUAAACAAGCUUGAACUAGCCUUAUCCGACGGUACUUUAGUUUACGAAGGAAUGCCUCGAGAACUUUCUGAUAAAAUAAUUCAAAUUAUAGCAGAAUUAAAAAAAUCAAAUAGUGAGUGUUAUUAUGAGGAUCAAGAGGCAGCAGAUGAUCUUGAGUUGCUUAUAAACCCUCCAUCUUCAACAGUACACGCUGGGCCGUCUCGAACUCUGCACACAUCUACUACGAGUAAUAAUGAAUCUCUGCCUCAGCAAAAAGGCGAUUCCGUUACAUCGAGAGACAAGGAGGCGAACAAGAAUGUUGAGCCUGGAAGAUUUAUUACUAGUGAUCGACAAUCGUCUUUGUCAUCAAUCUCACCAAUGUUCGGUAGAUGUCUUUCUAUGUAUGAACAGAAUUCGGAUAAUGACGAUAUCCCAGGGUUAGGACUAAACGAUAAAGGAUUGAAUCAAAUUCCUGGUUUAGAUUCAAAUGACGAAGAAAAAAUUCCUGGUUUAGAUUUAGUAGAAGAUAAAAAAUUUGUUGUUGAUAGUUCAUCAGGAUUCGAAGAUGGAGAAUUAAUUGAAAUAUCUUCUGAUGAUGAUAUAAAUGAUAAGAAUGUCAACAGCAAUAAUAAUAUUAAUGACAUUCCAGUAGUCAUUGAGAGCGAAAAGAAGAAAGGUAAAAGACCGCUGUAUAUGAUUGACUAUGGAAAUGAUGAUCAUCAUCCGGGUUAUAGGAAGCCUUCUCAAACAGGAGUAACUAGUUCUUCUAAUAUUAGCAAUAAUAGCAACAGCAAAAACAAUCGUCAUCAAAGCACACCAGCCACCAAUCGAAUUCAAAAUCAACUUGUUCUACGAUUUGAAGAUGAGCGAGAUAUAACCGAUCGUGAUAAAGUAUCGUCAAAUGGCGGCAACAACAAUAUAUCAUCUUCCAUCAGAGCUACUGGAGCUAAUCUAUCAGAAUCAACAAAUUCGAAACAACCUUCAUCUGCAACAACCGCGUUACAUCCUGAAAUCGCGUCAACGGAUGACGAGGUAGUUAGUAUGGACCUUGAUAAUGAUUAA